GAGGCGGAAGCGGAAGAAGGUGAGAGUGAACCAUCUUGCUUUACCCGGAUGUAGAAUCAACCAGAACAACGUGCACCCAUGUGUUCAGAACAGCUACAUACAUCAGAUUAACAAACAGCCGUCAUGACGUCAUUGGCUCACCAGCUGAAGAGGCUCGCGCUGCCUCAGAGCGACCCCAACCUGCUGACUCGCAGAGAGGUCGCCUCGCUGCUCUUCGACCCCAAAGAUGCUGCGUCCAUGGACAAAAGCACCUUCUACGCCCUCGGCUGCACAGGGCUGGAGGAGCUGCUGGGAAUUGAACCAGCCUUUCUGGAGUUUCAGGACACCCUGUUCAGCCCAGCGUCGCUGACCCUGGAGCGCAGCGUCCAAUCCAAAGAGGUCAACGAGAAGCUGGACGCUGGAAUCUCGCUCUUCCUCACCCGCCUCUCCCCGUACUUCCUCCUCAAACCAGCUCACAAGUGCAUCGAGUGGCUGGUUCACCGUUUCCACAUCCAGCUGUAUAACGUGGACAGCCUGCUGGCCUGCGUGUUGCCGUAUCACGACACCAACGUGUUCGUCAGAGUCCUGCAGCUCCUCAAGAUCAAAGACGCCACAAACCGCUGGAGCUGGCUGCACUGCCUGCAGAAACCAGGCGUGCCGCUGUCCAGAGGAGCUCUGAUCACUCACUGCUACUCAGACCUGAGCUUCAUGGACUUCAUCUGCACCAUGGUCACCAAGGCCAUCCAGGCGUAUUCGGGCCGCUCAGGAAGUUGCUCCCAGCUCAGAGUGAUCUUCUCGUUCUACGCCUCCACCAUCGUCCCCGCUCUGGACGCUGUGGACAAAGUGUCCGAUGCCAUCAUCUCCAAACUGCUGCCUUACGUCCAGAAGGGUCUGAAGUCGUCUCUGAGCGACUACAAAGCGGCGACCUACAUGAUCGUGUGUCAGCUGGCCGUGAAGGUGGUCAUGGAGGCGAGUCUGGUCGAUACACUCGCCGUGCACGUCAGCAGGUCUCUGCUCAAAGAGCCCGUACUCGCUCCAGAGGGGCUCGGCUGCCUCGUGGUGCUGCUGCAGAACCAGAAGGAGGAUGCCACCGGGCCCAGAGCGUUCAGCCGGCUCAGCUCCAUGCCCACGCUCGUCUCCACGCUCCAGGUCAUGGCGGCGACUCAUGACGUCACUCCUCUGCUGCGCUACCUGCUGCCUCACCUGGUCCAAGCGGUGUUCACCUGCAGCUCAGGUGAGACGGAGACAGACGAGCUCGUCGUGUUGGAGGCGCUCCUGCAGGCCGUCCCUCUGACCAAAGGCCUGGACCAAACUGUGGCUCGGUUACUAAUGGACAAGUACCUGAGUCAGACUGAACUCUCGUCUGAAAACCUGUUGACCCUCGACAAGCGUCUGCUUCCUCUGGUCCGAUUGUUCGAGUCCAGGUACUGUGGAGCGAUGGACGGCGUCCUCUCUGGUUAUGUGACCGACGUCAGCAGCAGCGAGCAGAAACGUCUCUUCCAUCAGUUCCUCUCUUUGUCCAUGAGCAGCGGAAAAUACCAGAUUAUGGGCGACUCUGACACGUCGCUGCUCCUCAGUCUGAAACACCCGCAGCCUUCAGUCAGAGUCUCAGCUGUGGAACACCUGAUGAGCAUCCUCACCUCCGGACAGCAGCAGAGUUUGGACGAAACAUUCCUGAAGGAUGCCGUCAUGGACCGCCUGCAGGACGACGUGCCGCAGGUCGUCACCGCCACUCUCAAAGUCCUGGAGAUGUUGUUUGAUGUGGUGGACCCUGAAGGCAUCAUGUCGUGUUUACUGUCACUGCUGCAAAGAGUGGAUGUGUCGGAUGCUGAGCGCUGGUCAGUGAACUACACACACAAUCUUUACUUUAAUUAUAACAGAAGAGAUGCGUUACGAUAAUGUAAAUAAUAUAAUAUA